GAUCAAAUUAUGACAUUCCCUUGGAAUAUUAUAUUGGAUAAAUAAAGCUUGAAGACAAUGUAAUUGAAGAGAAAUGUCAAUUAAAACAAAAUAAAAAUGCAGACUCUCUAGCGAAGCAUUCAUCCUGGGAUUAUAAAUAGUGUAUGACACUAUGCUGAAAUUGAUUUUGUUGUGAUAAAUUUCUUUCUCUGGGUCUAGAGACUCAUCAAACGUAGAGCAGAUUACAAUGAUUAGAAUAAAACUUGUUCCAGUGAGACACUGAGUUCAGCAAAUCUCGGAUUAAGAUGGAAAAUGUAAGGGCCUGUUGCCGAAGCUCCACUUCGCGAUUAACAUGGCUUUGCCUAGGAUUUUUGGCUUAUUUAUGUUUUGGUGCACUCGUGUUCAUGAGGCUGGAAUCUGGUAUCGAGAGGGAUGAUCGAAAGGAUUUCUUGAGCAGGAAAUGGAAAUUUUUGUCUGAUCAUUCAUGUGUGUCAGAUGACAAGUUGGAAAAGUUCAUUGCCAGCAUUGUUAUUGCUACAAACCGAGGAGUGUCGGCCACCAAGAAUGUCACCAUGUCUGAGCCCAACUGGACAUUUGGCCAGUCCAUCUUCUUUGCUGGAACACUCCUAACAACAAUAGGCUAUGGCAGAGUGGCACCCCUGUCUGAGGCAGGGAAGGGUUUCUGUCUCCUUUAUGCCAUGAUCGGCAUUCCACUCACCUUGAUUUUCUUCACUGCCAUCGUAGAGCGCCUGAUGAUACCCACCAAAAUGUUCCUUUAUUUCCUGUUCCGCAAGCUUGGACAUCUAUACCGAGUGUUUCACAUCCAGCUGUUGCAUUUCUUCAUUCUGCUAAUAGCUGCAAUUGUUUUCAUCUUCAUCAUACCUGCCAGCAUUUACUCUGCUCUUGAGCCAAAGUGGGACUUUUUGGACUCCUUUUACUAUUGCUUCAUCUCCAUGACAACCAUUGGGCUUGGUGACUACAUCCCAGGAGACAAUCCUGACCAAAAGGCCAGAGCUGUCUACAAGCUAGGCACCACAGUGUACCUGUUCAUAGGCUUGCUGAUGAUGAUGCUACUGUUGGCUGUUCUGUACGACAUCCCAGAGCUCAAUCUAGGCUUCCACUUCUACCUGAAGAGUGAUGAAGAGGAAGAGGAAAGGGCACGGCUGAGGAGUGGUGGGGAGAGCAGCGGACCCAAAUAUACCAAACAGCGGGACGAGGACCCCCACAAACAGAGUGGGGGGAGUCAAAUGUAUCAGCCUACCCAGGAUGAUGUGGCAGCGGCCACAGGGAAAUAACAGGAUUAGAUGAUAGUAGUUAUUAUUAGUUACCUUCAGGAAAUUAGCUUUUAGAAAUGUCAGGGUUUCUGCUUUGAUUAUAGAUUGAAUGUGGUUACAGUUUGCUGGAUCUUCACUUCUGAUCAGUGCUUACUACUGUGUCACUAAAAUGUUUAUACUAGAUGUGUUUUUUUUUUCAUUUUUUAUGUGAAAAUAUGUUUUUAAACAUUUUUUGAAAAUACGUAAAAAUGCUUUACCUUUAUGGGGAAAAACUGUUGAUACUAUUGUGUGAUAUGGAACAGUUCUGCUCUUAUAUUUAAUUGAAAGUACAGUGUACAUGGUUGUCACUAAUUAAACUUAAUAGUUUUGAUAUUUAUACACAUAUAUGUGUUAAAUUUUAGGAGUAUGUGACAGAUUAUAAGCUCAGAGUUUGAUAUCAUGUAAAUUAGUAACAGUUUGUGCUUCACUUACAGCAAAUGAUUGAAAACAUACGAACAUAUAUGAAAAUUUAUGACACUUUCAAAGAUUUUUGUAUAAUUAAUAAAUGAAAUUUUAAUUUGAAAUGUUUCCAUCAGAACUUUUGAAUCCAAAAUAUUGUGUAUUGUAGAAUAAUUUUCAUAUUUGGAGGUCAGUAUUCUUGGCCAAUCAGAUUUUUUAUAGGGUAACUCAUGUAUACAGAAGAUGAAAAACCAAUACAUCGUUAUCAUUUAUUAUGGUCCCCAUGAACAAUGAAAAUGCCUCAAUAUUGAGAUAUCAUUAUUUUGGCCAUUGAAUUAGUACAUUAAAAGCAAGGUCUUUUUUGUCUCAGGAUGUCAAGAAAAAGUAAAGAUCCCUGUGUAUUGUAGUUUAAGAGCCAGUUUUAGGGACUGCUAAAACGUACUGACACAAAGUGGCUUCAGGAACAAAGGUUAAAGAGCUAUUUGAAUUUUUACAUUAACCUUGAUGUAUUUUUCUGCUUUCUUUGUAUAUUUAUUCAUUCAUUAUUUGAUACAUCACCAAUAUUUGCAAAAUCAGUGCAUUUCUUUUUGAAGUUCAGAUAAUUGUUCCAUAUCAUAGUGCUUUACAGUGUAUUGGAAUGUAGUCAUCUUUGUACUGUACAUCAGUAAAUUAUCGCGACACCUUAUUUUCACUAGACAUUCAUUAACUCUUUAGUAGUGAGACAAAAUUUUCACUAGAGUUUUUGCUCUGUAUAAUCUUGAGCAAACUGUUUCACCUAAUUAUGCGAAAAUUCAAGUUCUCACAAAUAAAAAGUGAUUUAAAGUACAUGUAUAAAACAGUAAAAUUUGCUUUUAAGGUAGUCAGGUGGACGUGACUCUAUAGUUCUUAAUGCACAUGUACCGGUAUCUAUACAGGAAAGUGGUAUAAUAGACGCUUUUGUCUUAUAUAAACAGAAAUUUCCUUAUAUCUUGGUUCCUUUUUAGUGACAUUUUAAUUGUAUACAUAUGCAUGUGUGUUUUGCUUGUCCAUCUUUCAAUUUUACAAGGAAUACUGUAUCAGUGUACAAAGUAAGAAACAAAAAUUAGAUUUACAUUUAUAUGUGUCCCUGUGUUGCAGCAAAAUUUUACUGUUAUUGUUAAAAAAAAUUUUCCUCAAAUAAUUCCUCUUAAUAAAAGUUGUAACUAUAUAUCUGUUUUUGAAAAUAUUGCAAAGGUUUAUUAUACAAAUACAUGCUUGUUACUAAUAGAUUUAGUCUGUAUUUAUUUAUUUUUCAUUCUUUACAAUUUUGUACAAUUUUUUUAGUGUAUUUAUAAUUUUUUAAAAUAGUGCAAUCUGAUACAUUGCCAUGUACAUUUGUUAUUUAUUGAAAAUGUAUUUGUGUUUGAGUGUAAUAACAUGUUGUAGGUUGUGUUUCUAUUUAAAUUUGCAUAUGGUAUACACAGGGUAUUUCCAUGUGUAUUGGUUUAGUUUGAAAUAGAAAAUUUUAACAUGUUGAUGUGGAUAUACGACAGUUAGAUUUGAAGUUUGUUAUAUAUAUGGUAUAGAAUGUAGUUUUUUUCAAAUUAUAUUUAUUAAUACAGAUAUGUGCAGUUCCUGUUCAACAAAGAAGAUAUGCUUUUCCUUAACAUGCAAACUUUGAGUCUCUAUUAGUUUUACUAUUAUUAAGUGAAAAGGAAUAGAUGAGACUAUACUAUGAUUUUGAUAUGCUACAAAAUGGAGGGGGCAGCUUUUCAAUGGUUAAAUAAAUGUUUUGGGAAUUUUUUUUAAAAUAUUAUGUUUGGAAAAAUAGAUGGUUCAUGGGGGUCCCAUGGAGAAAAUGAUUUGUAACAUACCUGUAAUUUUAAAUGCAAUUAAGCAAUGUUGUUGACAACUUAAGUAAAUUGUUGAAAAAAAAAUAGAAACCUGGCUGAAUGUCAAUCAUUCAUGUCACAUGAAUUUUCAAUUUUAGAAUAAAUUUGUGCUGUGCAGAAUUUAAGCACGGUGUUCCCGUUGGCUUCACCUAUACAACAGACUGAUGUAAGUGAUGUUAAGAUUGGGGGGGGGGAUCUUUUGAUAAAACUCAUGAAAAACUUUGGUAAUACCAUGCUUGUGUAAUUCUUGCUGAAGAAAUUGAGAAAAGUCAUUUUUAACACUAUCAACAUCUUCUUCUGGUAUCCUGUAAAAAAAAAAUAAACAAAAUUACAGACCCCAUCACUGCUUGUGAAAAGUAUGGUCACUGUUGAUAUGACCCUUAGUUAUGUUAGAGUGUUAUAUUAGUUGUAGAUUAUAUACUUACUAACUUAUGUCUGCUACCCCUUUUGGGGUGUAGGCCGCUAACAAGAUCCCCCAGGCCCCUCUAUCCUGAGUAAUAUUUUCUACCUCCUUCCAGUUCUUCCCCAUUCUUUUGACAUCUGCCUCCAAAUCUCUCCACCAGAUGUUCUUUGGCCUCCCUCUCUUAUGUUUUCCUUGGGGGUUCCAGGAUAAGGCUACAAUGCCUUGUGAUGUUCUUAUGUGGCUUGCGUAGAAUAUGCCCUAUCCACCUCCACCUUCUCUGCAUUAUUUCUGCUUUUACAGGAGCUUGUUUUGUUCUUUGCCACAGACUGGUGUUGCUUAUUUUGCCAGGCCAUCUGAUCUGGAGGAUGCAUCUCAGACAAGAGUUGACAAAUGUCUGGAUCCUGUUUAUUAUGGCAACGGUCAUCCUCCAUGCCUCGGAACCACAUCUUCCCAAGUCAAGUGUUUCUGAUCCGCUCCACAUGUGGAGUGGAGUGGAUCAGAAACUUUUUGACUUGGGAAGAUGUUGGAACCAUAGAGAAGCACAGCAUUAACAUUGGUGUUAAAAAGCCUAACUUUGGUGCAUGUUGUAAUUCCUAGAAAUUUACGUAGAACAUGUAGAUUAUAUAUCUCUUUGUAAAUGUUUGUGAUCCUGGUUAUCAUUCCUGUGAUAUGUUUUAAUGAGAUCAGAUGAGGACAUAAGACUAUAGGACUGUAAAUCACAUGUUUUAUUUCCAUGUUAGAAAUUUGCCUGUCUUGUUCUUCUAGAUACAUGGUUGUUUACAUGUAUUGUUUAUUCUUAGGAAACUUUUUUUUUUUACAUUCCAAGAAUCUCAUUAGAUAUUGCAUUGAUCAAAUAUAUUGAGUUGUCUGAGGAUAUCUUUGUUAAACCUUCUUUUGAGAACUAGUCACAUUGCUGCUUUUAUAAAUGUUUAUCUUUAUGCCAUUCAUUCCACAAAUAUGUUAGAUACAUGUAUGUUAUUGUUGUGAAGUAAAUACUGUAUUAAAUGCUGAUAAAACAGUAA